AUGAAAUUUUUAGUCUUUCUUUUAGUUUUAACAUUUUUUACCUCAGUCUCACAAUCUUCUCCAAUUCCUAGAAAUAGGAUUUUUAAAACUAUUUUGGAAAUAAUCAAGAGCAACGCUGCUGAUAAAAAAGAUUCUGAUAAAAAUAAUGAUAAUUCAACAAAGAGUUUUAAAUCAAUAACCCAAACAACUAAUACAUAUAAAAUUCAAACUACUAAAAUUCAAAACCAACCUUUAAUAACUACUUCAGUAGCAACAAAAACUCCAGAACCACCAUAUGUAACCAAUACAUUAAAUAUCAAUACUCCACUAACCACUAUUUCAUAUAAAACAAUAAUUCAUACUACACACAAUAAUCAUGACAUUGAUAUAGAUGUUAAUCCCAAUAUUGAUCCAAAUCUUAUAAACACAAUUAUGUUAGAUCAAAAUACCAACGAUCCAAAUGCUGUUGAUCCAAAUGCUGUUGACCCCAAUGCUGUUGACCCCAAUGCUGUUGAUCCAAAUGCUGUUGAUCCAAAUGCUGUUGACCCCAAUGCUGUUGACCCCAAUGCUGUUGACCCCAAUGCUGUUGACCCCAAUGCUGUUGACCCCAAUGCUGUUGAUCCAAAUGCUGUCGACCCCAAUGCUGUUGACCCCAAUGCUGUCGAUUCAAAUGCUGUCAACACCGAUGUUUUUGAGUCCAGUUCUUCUGAUCUUAUUAGUGUAGAAAUUUAUGUGGUCUGUUCUACCAUCUCAACAUCAUACUUAUAUGGUAUUAAUAGUGAUUCUAUUUCUAGUGAAAGCUCAAGAAAUGCUGUCUUUGAUACCGCUAAAAAGAAAAAUAUACGACUUGAGUUUUUUGUUGCUGUAUUUGGAACCAUCUUGUUAUUGUGA